AUGGCAUCGACGAUGAUGCAUUUAAAGAAUAAACACUCUGGACUGGUUUGGCCAUCGUCAGAAAUUGAACAAGAAAAGAUUAACUCGUCAACUGAGGCAAAUCCUACCCUGAAAAAGUAAGGACUGUUUACUUUGAAAUCACUACAAUAGACUGAACUUCGCUUUUAUGUGAUGUCCGUGAACAGGGUCUUUCUCACAUAACAACUUCAUAUUAUCAUAAUUUCCUCGAACGACCCUGUUUAGUUUGGCCCCAAAGUUAUUUUUAACACUUUCCACUAUUUAAAAAUAAUAAUGGUAACUGUUUCAUAAAUAAACUUGUUACCCUAACGAGCAAGACUUUAUUUAAUAACCUGACCCUAUGAAUUACCUUUUUGACGAAACUGGGCACAUAUGAUGGACAAACAAAGUCCUCCUCUCACUCUUCGCGAUCUGUAAACUAAUGUAUCUUGUAUUUUUUGUUCUGUCUGUCGAACAUAUUCCACAUCACAGAGCGAUUCUACUUGACCUGUGAGACAGUUACUAACAACUAGUGCGAAAUAGCUACGAAUAAACAAAGGAACACAAUAGAAUUAGCGCAUAAUAGUGCGUAGUAUUCUACUAUAUCUAUUUCACGGGUUAGGUAAAAUCACUCUAUCAUUAUGACAUUGUGAAAAGAAUUUUUUCGCGGGAUAUUUUAUCGAGUAUGUUGUUAAAUGUGAAUUUGUCAUCAAUGAUUGGCUCAGUACAUUCGUCGCUCGUGCUUCGGCCUACGGCCGAAGAUGUGUCGGCCUUCGGCCAACACCAAAAAUUCCCGCCUGACGCGAGAAAAACCUUUGGUACCCAAGAUACUCGGUCAGCUGCUCAGUACAUCAAACAUUAUAGUUGUUUUAUAUAUUUGCCUUCAAUGUCAGAUAUUGAAGAAAUAUCAGCAAAGGAGUAAGGAUAGAAAAAUAGGACUAAAAUGAUAUGAAAUAUAUGUUAUAAAUUUGGAAACAUUUGUAUGUUUAGUGAUAAAUUUUCAGAAGACUACUUCGUAUAUUAGCGAGUGUUAAUUAGCAAUUUCACUUUCAGCCGAGGCUGGCAACAUUCUUUGAGAUCUACAUAAUUCUCCAUACCAUACAAAAACCGAACCAAUAAUUGUUUUAUCGUUGAUUCAAAAAUAUUUCCAACUGGGAAAAACAUGCCGAGCAUUUGACUUUUGAAAUCAACCCUUUCACUGACCAUUUCCAUUUCAAACCAAUUAUACAAACUAAUUGAACAUAAAAUUUGGGCUGUUCACUCAAAAAACACCUUCGGUCUUUUUCCCUGCUCGUUUAAUCCCACAGAUGUAACAUUCUUGUCUUUUUCCUUUAUUUUUUAACCCUCCUUAUUUUGAUUUUCGUACAGUCACAGUAAAAAUGACAGCCACUCGACCGUGGAAAAUGAAGAGGGCGAACACAGCGAAGACUUCUUUGAAGAAGUGUAUCUUGGCUCUUCAACGAACACCUACACUAUCGUCGACUUUAACACACUUACCGUUUGUAGAAACUCUAAUGAAACGAUCCAGUACAACUAUUUACCAUCUGCAGAAGUUGCUCCAAACGGAACUGACCAGAUCCACAAUGAGUUCGAAGGCUCGCAAAUUGUUCCCCAGAGUUGUCACGUGACUGACGUGAAUAUGAUACUCAGUGCCUCGCCAGCUUUAAGUUCUGCCUCUGCAGCUGAACACGAGACCAGCAUUACUGUGAAGCACUCAGACACAGAGAGCAAGUGUCCUAAUUGGCGUUCUUUUUGCAAGCAGCACCCUUUUCAAGCCAUAGCUUUAAGUACAUUGUAUAUAUUGAUUGCGGUAAUCUUCUUUCCGUUGUUGUUACUUGUUUUUAUGAUUUGUUUUGUAAGUUAUUUCACUCCUGAUAUUGAAUAAUUACCCCAUACAUCAAGGCGGAAAAACAAACCCUAGCCUCCCUUUUGGGGUUUUCUUGCCACUCAUUUGCGCCCGCCAAGCCGGCUAAAAGGACAUGGAACAUCAUGUGGAAGUCCUGAGGGCUCCUUCAAACAGCUGAUUUUUCGCGCGUUCUAGGGAUACCGAUGUGAAAAAAAUAUGCCGCUAAGAUUUUUUCUAAAAUUAGACGAUUUUUUCGGUGGUGGAAGGGGAGAACCGCAAGGUCAGCCGACGGGAAAAGAAAAAGGGAAGAAGUUCCGCUUGAUCGCAGACGAUCAAGGCUAAUCUUAUUUGUCCACCGGCAAUCCGGCGGCAAAGCUGAAUGCUCAUGGGUAGAGCUAGGACACAGGGGCUGACACCCUUAGCAGGUUACGCGGGCGGGUUGCGGUGAUGCUUUUAGUUGUUUGAUCUCAAUAAAGAGCUUGGGAAUGAGCAGUAUUGAUUUAAAUGGAAGAGGGUAGCGUAGCAAGAGAUUGUUUUCAAUUUGUUAGAGGCCUUAGCUUGCAUGAAAACUGGUUUUUAAGAACCGGUUAGGCUUAAAUUUGCCAGUUAGAACCUCUCUAUAUAUGAAACUGUUUAGCCUAAAAUUUGAAACAGGUUUUUGCUUUCUAAAAUCCAUAAAAAAAUUGUGUAGAAUUAAGCAAAUAAGAUAAGCCAACUUUAAGGAUCCUCUUUGAAUACACAGGUGCCUUAUCACUCCAACUGCCACGUAAUGCUAUGCAGAUUUUAUAUAGGGAAUAAGCUGAAUAUCAAUCAUUACUUUUAGCUACAAUCAUUUUUUUCUUCAGAAAAUAAGAAAAUUAAUAGCCUAAAUUUGUGCUAACCACCAUUUAUAUAUAUAAGAACCUUUUCACGCCAACUUGAGAAAAUACAGGUUCUUAGUCGUAGGUUUUUAUUGUAGGUAGUUUGGUCUGAAUGUACCCUUGAAGAACUUCCGUAGAGUAACAUACAUCAUACCUUAUUCACCCCAAAACUACUUUUCAGAAUAAAGGUAAAGUUAAUAUAAUCAAUGUCAAGAGAUCUCUUGUCAAUGUUUACACUGUAAUACAAGCAGAGCCAAUGAAAAUGAUUAAGGUUAGUAACUACCAGGGCCAAUACAGUCCAAUUAGCCAGGGCUGAAAUGGGCCCGAUCUUGGGCUGGAAUAGCCUUUUGACUGGGCUUUUUUGGCCUUCAUUGUGCUCAAAUGGCUCCAAGAAGGGCUGAAUCAGACUUUGGCCUGCAGGGCUGAAUUGACACUUGGGGCUGAAACAGAUCUUUUUAAUUUUCAGAGUGUGAAGUAUUUUAAAAUCCCCACUGAAGUCCCUGAUAAUUGGGUAAAUAAUGUCCUACUUAUCAUGUCUGUAAAAACGUAGACAUUAAGCCCGGCCUUGUCAAUCGAUUAAAAUCGCGCGGUAGCAAUCACGUGAUUUUUAUCGAUUGUUAACGGAACUCGGUGAAAUUUUAUUAACUAAAUUGCUGUGUCAAAUCGAUAUUAUCGAUUUUUCAUGAUUUUAACGAUUUAUAACGGAAGUCCGUUAUUGUUGUUGUUUUUUGGCAUAAGGAAGAUAGUACAGCUUUUAAAACAUAUCCCCGGGUUACAACUGAUUGACAGACAUAUGAAAAUGAGAAAUGUGAAAACUAUUACACACACAAGUUCCUCUCUAAACCCUUUAUUUUGCAGAUAAUAACAAAAACGGUUCGGUUUAAUUACAUUCAGUUCUCGCAAGAAGGUAUCACGAGAAAUACAACCGUAAGAUAAAAAGUUCCUAGCCUGAAUUUCAGACAUCCCUUCGAUUUGAAGGAUUUCUGAAAUUCAGGUUAAAAGAUUUCCGUAGAAAGAUUUUCAUUGUUUUACGUUAACAAUCGAUAAAAAUCACUUGAUUGCUGACAAUUUUUAUCGAUUUCGAUUUUUAUCUAUUGAUUACUGCUGACCAGUAUGUGAACAUACCUGGAACUUCACUGAGGUUGUUUUUGAAGGGGUGGUAGAUCUAAAUCAUGACAAAUUGGGUGCUUACAAACCUGAUCAUUAUAAGCCAUCAGAAGAUUUUAAACCUGAUGUUAAAGAAAAAAAAAUAUUUUAAAGAUUUUUUGGAAAAGUGAUGAUUGCUUGAUCCUUCGACUCUCAAUUGCAGCUCAACUGUCAAUACAUUUACCGUUUGCAUGAAUUCAGUUUUCAUUUAUUAAAGAACAGAUGAUCUUCCGAUAUGAAUCGAUUAAAUCGGUAAAAAUCAAGAUAAAUCGAUGAACGAAACGAGUGUGUCAUCGAUUUCUACCGAUUGAUCGAUACAAUCGAUAUCAAUGAAAUCAGAUUUACCGAUUUCUAUCGAUUUAUCGAUUGAUAAAUCGAUACCGAUUUUUAUCGAUUGACUACUCCCGGGUAAGUUAUUUUCCUUCAGUCAACAACGCUGGAAGUACUUCAUGGUCGGUUGGCACCUGAUUUUGUUUUUGUAAGUCUUAAUAUUGUUUUCAACACAAAAGACGCCAUUUUCAAAGGUGCAACGUGUGUUUCUAGCGUGAGGUGAUAUUCACGCGCACUUGCCUGUUUCGCUCUCGGUUAAAAAGAUGGAGGACUCGUUUCCUGCCAGGAGAAAAAGUAAACCUAUUUUAUCGAAAAAAAAAUUCUCAGCAAGAGAGACGCUUAUACAGAUUUUAACUUAUUAGCAAAUGUUUUAUUUCCCAGCCAGACAAAUUUCUACCUGAAGAGAGGGUAUUCUGUCGAGCUGCCCCAUUAAGCACUCUUAAAACCUGACAAGCUAACUUGUUCCACAAAAAGAGCGUCGCUAAGUGGGUAUUAAACAUCCAAUUACGGUACUAAAAACCUCGGCUGAUACAAGGAACUGAACUUAGCGCCGACCUCAGAUCGAAUAGAAAUUUACGUUGAGUGAACGUCACCGCCGGUCAUGGAGGAAAAGUCAUAACAGCACACGUCGAGGAAAUUAAAAGUGGUUUUUAAUUUUUUUUAGUUUAUCUCCUCUCUAUUUUUGAUAAGGGAUGUUUACGAUGUCGUAGUCUUGGAAAAGAAUAGAGCAAGACUGGAAUUAUUAAUCUUGUUCUGGCCCAAGAAAAUAAUUCUCGGAUCUCCAAUCAUUUUUCGUGUACAAAAUUGAGAACCAUGAUGUUAAACAUCCGUCAAAUCUUAGCAUUAUUUGUGUAGGGAUGAAUCUUAUCAUUUUCAUUGGUUGAAACAAAAAAAAAACGCUUAGCUUAUGUUUUAAAACAAAGCGACACGUGAGGACUUUUGCAAUUUAAUUUCACCGUAUGGAACCUUACUAUAUUUUUUAAUGAUAAAUAAGUAUCUCUUCUGAAAACACUCUUCAGUUUGGAAGUCUUUAAAUUCCAAAUCAUAGACUUGAAAACGAGAGGCAAUUUUUGUAAAGAGAGUGAGGUUUGUAAAAUAAAUAAAUCGGUAAACUAUUAAAUAUUCCGCGAUAAAUAUAAAUAUUGCAGACUAGUUUUUAGACUUAAAGUGACGAAACGUGAUAAGAAUCUGAUACAGUUGAUAGCACACAAAAUUCAACAUAUUCUAAUAUAAACAAAUGAGCAGAAACUCGACAGCACUUCCGCGAACUUGAAAAGACUACCACGUACUCAACUAUCCAGAAUUUUUUAAAAUAUAUGAUUCUUUCUCUCAGUCUUACCGAAGGUUUGAAUAUUCAGAAAUUUAGCUGUCAACGCGGACACCAAAAAAAACCCAAUUUUUUUUAUUAAUUUCGUGAAACUCUUUUCCACAUGGUCAAAUCUACAGGCCGGUAGCACUUUUUGUUGUUUAUUUACAAAGGACUGGAAAAAUGGUCUAUCAGUGCCAAUUCUUCCACCUGUAGAGACGUAAGCCGCGAAUUACUUCUUUCUCUCCCAGGUUUAAUUUUCGUGUUUUUAUUAUGAAAUAUAUAUCAUGUGUUGUUAUUAUUAGAUAUAUUUGUAUUCAUUAUCGAUUAGACAUCAGCAAGCUAACAAUAGGGAGGCCUGUUUUUCGCUGGGAAAGGCCGGGUACUUUUACACGAGAAGGAACAGUGCAACAAGGCAAACUCGUGGAGAAGAUAUUGAACCUGCCACGGACACUGGAAAUCCAGGUUUCGGUAAUGUGCUCCGAGUAUUGAUGGUAGUGGCAUGUAGUGGAAUCCGGCAGUCCCAGGGAAUUUUUACCGUUCGCUUUUCCAUUUGUUGCUAAAAACAAAACUGUUAUUUUCCACUUUUAAAACUUUAUAGGCUUAACAUUCCUAAAAAUUCGGGAGAGAAGACAUCCAUGGGGAGAGUCGGAGAUCGGUUUGGCAUGGAGUUUUAACUUUUGAAGAAUAAAAUACUUUUAACAUUACUAAGUUAUGUCUUAUGAUACAUUGCCACGGCUUUUAAUAUUAGAAUGCGCAUACCGCGAUCUGAGUGAUCGCAUCUUUUCGGAAUGUAGUUUUUUCAUGAUUCUCUUUUGCGACCGGAAAUAUCAAAUAAACGUAUCACGAAACAAAUACCUACAUCUCCUGUAUUUCGCACAGCCUAUUUUAUCAUUCAGUCAUGAAAACUUGUCCAAUCCCUCGAGAAGUUCUUACAGAUUUUGCUCAGCUGUUGGAAAAUUUGAGUUUGCUAUUGUUUUUGAAUGGCAGACGGCCCCCGGCCGGAGAUGACACGGGGGCUUUACAUAUCCCGUCACUCCAUCCUUCCGCUCGCCUUGGCAACAUCACACAAAUCGAGGAUCGGAGAAACAACCAGUCUUGCUUGAAUGUGCAGCGAUCGACCGGCAAUGUUAAGAAUAAACGACGCUUUCUAACCAGAGAAACGACAGUUUGUUUCUGAAGUCUACAGACCUGCUGAAAGAAAUUGCAAACUACAGACGGCUGAUUAUUCUAGUAAGAUGAGUCAGUGGUUAUAGAAGCAUUUUAAUUUGUCUCUUGCAAGGUUCGCUCUUCACAUAGCUCUGGCGCAAAUUAAAGCUAAAAAGUUGCCACCAUUUGGUGUGCUUUUGAUUUACCAGAUAAGGAAGCGAGAAGUAAGCUUGAUAUUUUAUUUUUUUGCAGGGUGAGAGGAAAUCUUCACACUCCGAGUUGACUGUCUAUCUCUCGUUGUCAGUAGUUAAGCUUAUAUAAGCUUGUGUGUAAGUGAUGCAGAAAUCGUUCUUUCAAAGUGCGACAUACCCAGGAAUCCUGCAAGUUUUUAUAAUCAGAUAGAUGCUGAUUCACGCGUUAGGUAAGUUUAUUUCUGUUAUGUACAACCUUGAGAACCGUUUUCGUGAAGUCAUUAAGAAAUUCGCCAGCGGGUUCAAGCAGAUCAACUUAAACAUGUCAGCUUAACCAACGAAAUCUCGAUAGAGCGCCGGUCAGCGCUGCAUAUUUUAAAGGGGAUACACGGUGUAAGCUCAUGGUAAUACUAAAAUUGUUUAAUCUUUUACUAUGGACGUAUUUUGCUCGAAAGUUAACGGAAUUCGGCGUUGAUACGCGCGGGGUUGCUGAAUUGGUCAUUUGCAUAGCUAUCGAUAAUCUGUCUUCAGUUAACAGUGUGAGCUCCUUUUGUUAUAGCGUUAUUUGCCACAAGAUUAUCAGGAGCAAGCCAACUUUGUUAGUGUGAAUUAAAAAUCCCAUCAGGAUAUGCACCUUGGUAGUUGUUACUAAUUGAGUUUUUCCAUCCUUUCGCAAAUAUCGAGCAAAGCGCAGUCUUCUUUGUGUGAUUGAACUCGUUGUUUUACAGCUGGCCAGCUGCUAAUGUUUUGGUUCAAACUGACUGUAGGAAAUGGUCGAUUUCGUGUUCUAGGACGAUUGGUAACUAAUACUGUACCUUUCUCACGAGAAAUAAAUGUAAAAAAGAUUUUCUAACUCGGUGGGCGUGAUGAUCAAUUUGGUUGGCAUGGAACCCUUUGCUACCUGCAUCACAGAGGUUAAAAGGUCUUAGGAUGACGAGAGCUGUCGAAGGACGGUGAUUAUGAAUAAGGAAUGAAAUAGACAGUAUCAGUGUCAUAAUCUCGUCACCUCAGAGGCAAUUUCCAUAAUUCUAUAGAAAGGUUAACGUGAAUUCUUCAUUUCGCCGUGGCUUUGAGGCUGAAAUGUGUUUUUUUAACAGUAAAUGGUGGUUUUCAUAACGCGAAGUACUUAGGUAAAUUAUGAUAAUGAAUUUGAAACCUCAUGCCUCUUGAGUCUAAUUUUAUUCCCAUUGAUUUGAAAACUUGUAAAUAACGUUCUGUUCGGCGAACAGAGACAUUUGCGUCAAAGAUCGAAUACUGAGUAUGUCAUCAAAUGACUUUCCUUGUUCGUGUUAAUGCUUGUCAAACAAAUGCACCUGCUAAUGGAAGCUGGAAAGAGAGCUAAAUUUUACAUGGUACUCGAGAAAGUACUGUAGGCUUUAAAGUUGUAAUUUUAAGGCUAAAAGAAAGACAAAUUGCCUUUGAUGUCUCUUAAUUCUCUCUGUUAAAUAUAGACUAGGUCAGGAGUGCUGGUUUGUUGUCAAAAUGAAUGAAUUUGUGACGUCUAGAAUGAUAUAGUCUCUCCUUAAAAGUAACAGUAGAAAAAUAAUGAGUUCAAUUUCAUUUAUUGCCUGUCUAUCAUGUCAAACCCAUUUUAUUUACAGUUACUUAGUUUCAGUUUUGGCUUUGACUGUAAUUGGUGAUUUUGCAUGAUUUUACAAUAACAGAACUAACACUUAACCCUUUAUCUACUUAACCUGAAAGUGAAAACAAGCGGAAUGGAUUAAAGGUCCACCUGCAGUGGAAAAAUAGCCUUAUUUUCUCUUUAAACAAUAAGAAUUGAGUUAUUGCAAGGCCAUCAAGGAGGGGGACAUUGCGGGACUGUUAACACCACAACACCACAGAAAAAAAUAUCCAUGAGAGGACACAGAGGCUUUUUACUGGAAGAACCAUCCCACGCAGGGAUGUUUUCUCCGCGGGCAGCUAAUCCGACUUAAUCCCAUUUAAUAUGUCACGCUCCUCGAAAGUGCGAAAAUUUUCUUGUCGUGUGUUAGAUUUCAGAUACAUUUUCUUAAUCUUCAUUUCGCGCCAGAAUAAAUUAGUUUUGCAAAAAGGGCUCCUAAAAAAUCUCAAGGUUUGUCCCACUUGAGGUCCACCUUCUGGAGAUCGCCCGGCUUGGUAGCUGGAAUACAUUGCGAGGGCGAAGAUCUAGCAUUUUUUCCUCGUCAUUAUUUUCUUCACGACAAAUGUUUAUAUUUGUAGUGAGAAUGCAGCGCAUAUCGGUGGAUUUUACUUCAUGCGGCUUGCUACUUCUGAAAGAAGAGUGCCCGAUUUCAUCGUUUUGUUCAUGUUUAUUAGUGUUGGCAAAUGUAAGGUAAAUGAACUGACCACUGUAAGGUAAGAAUUGAAGUUUUAAAUUUGUUACUCGGCGAAAAAUCGUGGAAUUGGAAUUCGUGAAACUCGUGAGUAUUACCUCCAAUACCUAAUGUCAUGCGAUGACUCCUCGCUUUUUUGAUGCGUAAAACGGAUACAAACGAUAAAUUUCUUUCGCAAAGUGAAGUACAAUUUACUUAACGAGACCAUUUGAUGAAUAUUUCGCGUUACAUGCUUUAUUCAUAUUUGUUUGAGUUACUCAGGCUACAUGCCAGGAGUUUGAUGACAAUGUUUGAGUGCUAUAAUUAUUAUGCUGAUAAGUUUUUGCACCUUUAUAUUGAAACUCAUGUAAGCCAAACGUUUGUUAACUCUAGCAAAACACUCUUCUAUUAUGGAGGAACUUUUAACGUCUUUCGGGGCCCUAAUAUGGUGUCAAAUUUUUAGGGGAAACAAAGCUUGAUUUUUGGCCAAACAGACUAUAGCUUUUUUGUCUUUGAAGAGAGCGUGAGGCAAACGUCCGUGAGUACAGUGUAAGACAGUGAUUCUUUAGGUAGAGCUUACAAACAUAGGCUGCACUUUAGGUGGCACACCCAUGGGUGCAGUGUAACCUAGUGAUUCUUUAGGUAGAGCUAACAAACAUAGGCUGCACUUUAGGUGGCACACCCAUGGGUGCAGUUUAACGCAGUGAUUCUUUAGGUAGAGCUAACAAACAUAGGCUGCACUUUAGGUGGCACACCCAUGGGAGCAGUGUAACCUAGUGAUUCUUUAGGUAGAGCUAACAAACAUAGGCUGUACUUUAGGUGGCACACCCAUGGGUGCAGUGUAACAAGGUGAUUCUUUAGGUAGAGCUAACAAACAUAGGCUACACUUUAGGUGGCACACCCAUUGGUGCAGUGUAACUGAGUGAUUCUUUAGGCAGAGCUUACAAACAUAGACUAUACAGGUGUACAUCAGAUGGUAACAAGUUUUCCAGUUAAAACUUUGUCAUAAAGUGCUACACCAUGGCACUUCGACUAUUUCAUUAUUGCGCUUGCUUUGGCGUACAAUUGAUAGUCAGGAGAAGUCGUAUUGUCUAAAACCAUAGCAAAAGACAAAUUUACACACAUCAGAGCGUUGGUAAGGUAAUACACAGUAUUUCCUUCAGGUACAUUUACAUUUUCUGUUAGGUUAUAAGUGAUUAAAUCGCAUGCAGCGACGAACAAAACGUGAAGCCAUCAGAUACUCUAGAACCGUGUUAUUUACAGUGCUGUGCAUUAUUAUUGCUUAACUAACUAACUACGCGCUGAUGGAAAUAAGUUUCGGCCGCUUUAAAUUUUGAAACAAUUCACUGGUACUGUAUAGUCAUAAUUGGAGCGGAAAGUUAGCACGUGAGCAGGGCGAUUCUGCUGUGGUUUCUGAAAUGUAGAAGAUAUUACGGCAAUGAGGCUCCCGAGGUCCGUUCUGGAAAUCACAACUACAUGUAGGAUGAAAUGUUUUCUGCAUGCAGACGUCUCCUUUUCUAGGUUAGGUUAAAUAAACCGUACCAACGGUUUGUUUGACAAAGCUCCCGCGAGACGGUUUCUUGGUGAUUUUAUUAAUUUUUCCGAUCCAUUUUUUUUUCCAGCUCUAUUUUCGCGGCUUUUGCGAUACAAACUAUAUUCAUUUUUAGUUGUGAUGGCAUUACACUGCUUAAUCAUGACGGCUUUGGAAGAAACUGAAUAUAUUGCGCUUCGCGAUUUCGCAAAAUCGCUGCGGGAAUUAAAAAAUAUUUUCUUCUAAAAAAGCGUUUUCACGCUUCUUUCUCUAGUCAAUUAUCUCGUUUGUCUCGUUUUCUAAAGGUCCUUGAGAACAGAAUAAGACAGUAUUUUAUUACCUACAACCUAAAAACCCGAUUUUUGACCAGAUCGAAACAAAACUGACCUCUGAAAUGGAAGAAGAAAAGCCUUUUAUUUUUGCCGGCUUCGGCCUGCCGACGAGAUCGUGUCUGGUUUGCUUUCAUAUGAUGACAUUUUCCUGACAGAAGGGUGUCGGGAAAAACACCUCGCGCUGAUCAUACGUGACAAAAUCCGUUGCACCUAAGCUAAUUAAGAAAAGUCUCCUCGAAAGCUCCAUACAAUUCCUUAUAACAAAAUUAUAAGGAAUUGUAGCUCUCUGGGAUACUUAAAGUGCAAGCCCUUUGUGUCUUCUCAUGAACACUGCAUCACUGCAAAAAAAGUUGAUGAAACACCGAAAACGCAAUUUUAAAUUUUUUGUCCUAAGAUUAAUCUAACCCAAAUGUCCAUAUAAUUGGGGAUGGAGAAUCUCGGAGUUGGUUUUGAUUAGUGGAGACUGACCUCAAGACUCUGUUAACUCCAUUUUCAGUCAUGUAGAUAUAAAGAGUGCAUGGUAGUGUGUAACAAAGUUACCAAAUAGAUCCUCUAAGCUUCCUAAGGCACUAUUACCUCUUUUGAUUUGACACCCCCCCUUUUCUUCACAGAAAAAGCGACAUGGCUGAUUAUGCACUCUAUUGUAGGCUCAAUAACCUCUUCCGUGUUGCAGCCAUUGACAAUGCCUUUACUGGAUAAACUUACUAAUAAAAACAUAAAGUAUAAAUGGAGUUUUUAAUUCAAAUCUCAAUGUUUUCACCAUUGGUGUCAGAGACUUUCCAUGCCCUGUUUCAUCUGAAAAUAUGUCAGCCCCCGAAGCAUUCCACUGCGUGCGAAAAAAAUGUCUAAAAUCCGGGGUACAUUGUUCUUAGUCAAAAUAAAGCAAGGGAAAACUAAACAUGAACACAAUGAAAAAUUUAAGAGGAUUGCGGCUUGAGCUGAGCGAGCCCAGCUAACCAUGCAAGCUGACUAAUCUUAUGAACUGGCCCUCAGUUGGCCAAUUACCAUCACCAGUAUUAGCAUCGUCACACAAAUAACGCAUGCAUCGCCCAUAGGAUUGGGCAGACAGUCAUGAAAACACUAACCCAGGCUUCGCCUGUUAUCCAUUUGUUUUGGAGUGUUGUUGAUUGUCUGUGAUAUAUCGGUGAUCCAUUGGCAAAGUAAUCACUGACUAUCAAUGGCUGACUAUUGGCCAUAUAUCAACCAACACUAAGCCAUCAUAUCAGCCAAUAGUAAACCAACAUACCAGACUAAUACUUGGCAGACACUCGACCGAUACUUGGCUGAUUAUCAACUGGUAUGUCAACCGAUUUGUCGACCAAUAUGUCAGCUGACACCUCCCUGUAAGACACAAGAUCCAUCAUUUUUGCCCUUGUUGGCAUUUUUUUCUUGGUUUGAUCCUUAGGUAGGGUAUAGGUACCUUAAUAGUAUCAGCUUUGAAAUGUCCUUAACUCCAUAUCUUGUCUUUAUCGGUGCUCUCCUUAUCAGGAGGUAACUGGUAAAAUUUACCGCCUGCAACCGCUUGAAGGUUUACUAAAAUAAAAUAAUUAGUUUAAAAAAAUACGCAAGUUGUGAUCUGAGCUGAUUCUCACAGGGAAAUGAAUGAAAUAUAUGGAAAAGUACUAAAGUAUACACAGCUUUUUUUUUUCUGGGCCACACAUUUUGGAAAGAGAACAUUGAAGACAGGGUAAAAUUACAGGAAUUAAAUGUUUUAAAUUGUUGUCUAAAGAUGACAACAGUCGAUUUGGAUUAAAUAGGUCUUAAAAUGAGAGAAAUUAUGACAUUUUAGAGAACUUAGCUCCUAAAUUUCCCAGUGAGAGCGGGGUCAUGUCCCUCACUGUACUUUCCUCCUCUCCCCCAGGAAUUUGCACCUCUGGCACAUAUUUUUUGGUUUAGUGGCCAUGAAUGGUCCCUUACCUGCUGAGCUAAAAUUUAGGGAGAACUCUGCUUUAUCAUGGUAGGUUAUUAUUGGUUAAAAUAAAACAGCAAAGGCAGAAGAUCUUUCAUCAUUGGGUUGUCUUGGCCGCAGCCUUGCCCCUUGUGGGCCAAUAUUAUGGGAUGUUCUGCUGGCAAACAUUUGACUACAAGUCCUGAGCUCAGCACCAGUUCUCACUCGACCAAGGAGAAUGGUCAUGCAACACACACUCCAGGUCAGUCAUUUAUUACUGUAAGUUUAGUAGUGAUUAAUUUUUUUUUUUUUUGAUUUCAUUUUAUGGGAUAAUUAAUACACCAACAUUGAUUACCUACAGUACAUGUACAUGUUAUAAAAAAUGUUUCUCAAUAGGUAAAAAUCAUAAAAAAGUGCACCUUCCAUCUGGCAAACAGUUUUCCUGUGGAAAAGAAUAAUAAUAAUAAUAAUUAGGCAUACCAUCUUUAUAUACCUGCCAACUUUUUCUGAGUCGAAUGUAUGAGAUUUUUGUCUAAUUUUCAUGACUGAGAUUUCCACCAAAAACUUCCCACUGGAGAUUUCUGAUUACCAAUAUUUUCUUGAGACUUCUGAACAUGGUCUAAAAUGUUGGAAGAUGUUCCAACAACCUUUGAGCAUUUUCCAAAGCUAUUUAAAAGGCGGCAUAGUGUUUUUUGCACAAAUCAACGUUAAGCGCCCUUUUGGAAUUUUCUUUGUUUUGGCGGCGGGGGGCGGGGGGGGGGGGAUUUAAUUGAAUUUUCAUUGUUACCAGUUAUCAUGUGAGAAGGGAAAAGAACAAUUUUUCAGGAUGUGAGUCAGGCAUGGAAAAUCAUCCUUGAUGUGUUGGAGUGAGGUCUUUAGUCCACGGGCGUGACACCAAUGCUAAGUGUGUGAGAGUUGACAGGUUAUAUACGUUUGCACUCGUUCAAAUUUGUAUUGUUUGUAUAAUGAGGUAUCCUUAAAAAUAAUAAUAAUAAUAAUUUUAUAAUUAUUAUAAUUUAUAAUAAAUGAUAUUAUAAAAUAAAAAAAGAAAUCUAAUUUGUUAUUUUCUUUUGUUUCAAGGGAUCCAAACAAGGUUAUCAUUAUUUGGAUUCUAUCUAAGACAUUAAUGUAACAUGACUCCAUUUGCUCUCUCCAUCACCUCAGAUGUACCUAGACACUCUCUGGAAAGCAGUACUCAUAACCUCAAGAGGAAAGAUUCAAGUAACAGUGUUUCUUCAGUCAAGGAACCUGAUAUUCCUGAUUCAAACAAUGACAUGUACUCGGUUAUAUCCACCAAAAAGGUAAAAUCUAAUGCUUGAAAUCAGCAUUGAUCAUAAGUGGUGUCAGAGAUGCCAUUUAACUAACAUUGUUUUUGGAACGGUCAAAUUAUGCAUUAAUCCUGCCAUGGAAUAAUACCUUAUUGCAACAAAACAUAUGUAUGGAAUAUUAAUAACUAUUGAUAUAAUUUUUUAAAAAUCUUUUUGGCAAAAUAAUAGAGUUAAAAAACCUAGCUAUAGCUACUCCUGCAUGACUUUUGGAUGCAAAGAAAUCUUAGUGCAAGCACAGAACCUCAGUACACAAACUAGGCAACCCGGAUUUCAUAGGUUCAGAAAUUAUUUAAUGGCAGGUACAAAACGCAGGAGGUCACAGGUCUCAAGUGCAGGUUAGAGCAAAGGUCACCAUGCUACGGUACCUGUAUAUAAACAACACUAAAUGUGUCUUAUAGACAUAAUUGCAACCUGAAGUAGAGUUUUAACCAAAGGGGAAAUGCAAGCUUAUCUCAGUCAUUUAUCAGAGAAUGCAGUGACUUACGCUUAUGACCUGUGACCUGUGUUUUGUACAGGCCACUUAUUUAAGCUCCCCACAAGUAAAGCUUUGCAGGUGACUAAUUAAUGCAUGAUGCCGCGUGUUAAUUAAGGUAAAAUUCUGACAAGUAACAUGGCCUUGACAUCGAAACUUAAGACAGGUGAAAUGGUAAUGGACAAUACUAAGAUGGGUUGAAACUCCUUAACGGUAACUUGGUGCAAAGAUGAUGGUAAAUAUGGCGCCAAUCCACCUUCCCCCCCUCAGAGGAGGGCCUCAUUAAUAUAAUUUGAGAUGAAAUCACUUUAUUUUCAGGUGGAUGAGAGAACUUUUGCAAGAAGACCUAUUCCAAUUAACAGGUAAUAAUUAAAAGCUCUCCAUUGUUACAGUACUAAGAUUAGUUUUCAAUGGUAAUAAUUGUUUCAGGUUUGAUUUUGAAGAGCUAAAGUUCUUCCUAAUUAUUAUACUCUGAGAAGCAUAGUAUAUACAGUGAACUGAUAAGAGAUCAGAGUAUGUCUCAAUAGUUGUUUACAAGAGGUUUAAAAGAACAGAAAAUUUUUAAACCAUUAUCCCCCAAAAUAUUUGCAGUCACUAGUACUGUUUUAGGUGCUCACCAGUCAUGAGCCUCCAGCUAUAGGGCUUUGACUGGAAAAAGGUGUGAGUUUUAAUAGUUAGCCGCUUAUGGAAUGUGUGGCCACUUCUUGUAAUUAUUUAUUAUAAGAACUGGCUACAUACACAUUGAGGUUUGAUGUGCUCAUCUUUUAUUUCCAUACAUGUUUGUUUCCCCGCAGGUCAAGUGAAAGCUGUGGUGCACCUCCAAAGCCUAUUCCAAUUAACCAAGUCAGAGUGUAAGUAACUAAUGAACAAUUAAUGAAUGAGGCUGGAGAUAUUGGGAGGGUGUUAUAAUACCCUCCGAGAUCUCCAUAAUUCUUCAUGGUAUGAAAGCCGAAUUCAAUAUUGUUUUAUUAUUUAUUCAAAAAUAAUUCCUAGUUUAAAAACAUGGCUAAAACAUGCUUACCUCCAUCAAUCCAUCGAUGUUAACUUCAUCUUCGAUAGUGCAUGUUUAGGGUUGUUCAGCUCCGCAAAUAUUCUCCAAAUAGCAGAUGUCACCCUUCGAGUUGUCUUCUUACUGUUCUUGCCAUAUUUUUAGCAAUUUUUUCACCUAGUUCUUACUCUUGAAAUGAGUGAAAUGUCCGCCAUUUUUCAAGUUCACAACCAAAACAACUCAACCUCGUUGCCAGGUCUUCUCGGUUAACAGUGCAUUAACCUGCAAGAACGCUGCAUUUUUGACGUCAUUUCCUUGCUAAACACAAAAUUCUUCCAAAUUUGGUCAUCAGUAACUGGUUAUGGUGAAUUAAACGUGUGCUUCUAGCCAAUCAGAAUUGGGGAAAUAUUUUGAAUGAAUAAUAAUAAUUAUUAUGGGUUAUCAUUUACCUGGUUUGUUUGUUUGUUUGUUUUUUUCAACCCACAUAUAUACUCUAAUUGUGUCCUUUAAUGUUGUUUAUUUGUAAAAAAAAUAUAUUCUUUUGGCAUUUAUCAACAAUAAACGUAACUAUAAUUAAUGGUAUAGUUACUGGUUUGUUAUGUUGUUCAUUCACUAAUCCAGUUAUGAAUUAUUAAAGAGACUCCAUUCAGGAAUCAACAAUAAUUCAUUCCUUUUGUCUUAUUCCGCAUUGCCUCGGAGCCAGAAACAAUUUAUUUUGAUAAAUCAGAAUGGACAGGACCUAUUUGUAUUCAUUUUGCUUCUUUAUACAAAAAGUGAGACUUAAUUGUAUUUUCACCUUACAAUUACAACAUAUACAAAAUGCAUACUUCACACAACUUUAUAACUAACAUUAUGUGUUUUCAUCGUUUGUUAUUACAGGCAGAUGACAAAGUCUCAAACAGAAUUUUUUAAAAUGCUUGAUAGAAAAAUUGACGAGGUUUGUGUGAUCCCAUUACCUCCUUUUUGUGUGCAUGUUGUGGUUUUUUUUCCAGGUCUCCUGGUUGCAAGUAUUACUUCUCUUAUUGCAAGUGUUAUGUGCCAUAAAAGUAAUUAAUAAGGAACUGUCAUUCCCAUUCCUGUGGCAACACAAAAUUGUUAGUCUUUAAGGGGAUUGACACGGAGGAGGAGAAAAAACAAAGCAAAUUGGAACUUUCAACAGAAAGAUUUUUUUGCUAAUUGUGGGUCUCUGAACACUGAGUGCCUGCAUGGUCUGUGAGUGUUGUGCUUAGGUCCAGGUUUGCACAUAACUUUCAAUUUACAAACCUGACCUCAGUCAGAGUGCAAAAAAGGUUUUAUGAUCUGUAGGUUAAAAGGUUACUUUCAAGUUUUAGGUUGUGAAGUCAAAUUGUACCGUACGUAAGUGUCGUGAAAAUUAAUAGGUUUCAUUCAGACCUCUGUGGUUAUUUUCCAAAAAAUUUAGCAAUAAAAUUUCCUCGAAAAUUACUGUUUUUUUCUUCUAUUAUGUAUGUCACCUCCAACCUCUCCACCUCCACUCCCCGUAUAGUGAGAUUUAAAUAAUUAACAAUUAUUGCAUGAGGCUGAUUGCAACAUGAAGAAUUGUGCAGAUCGAGAAGGCAGUUUUUGGGCAUUAAUUCGGCUAUUCCGUAGUGCCAUAGCACAUGAAAUGUUAUGCUGUUUUGUCGAGCUCGCUGUCCCACCGAAACAGCUGAGUUUCCACACUGCAGUCCUCUCGUGACGUUAAUUAGUCGUCCGAUAUUUUUUUAAUUAUUGCGUUAUUAAUUCCUCUAAAUUUGGAUAGCAUUUGGUGGUCAUGAAAAAUUAGACAGGAGAUUUAAGUCAACUAGAAAAGGAGAAUAAUUUAAUGAACGAUGAUAAAUUUCCAUAAAAAGCUUGUUUUCUCCUUCCAGGGACCAGACUACAUUUCUGAAACUGACAGCUGACCCGACCUCUCUUGAAUUUUAUAAGAAGUUUGACAGGUACAGAAAGAAUGAGCAUGAAAGAGCUUUGCAGUCGUAAUAAGUGUAGCAGCAGCAGCAGCAGCAGCAGCAAUGAAACGUGCAGUAGCACAUGGCCGUUCAUGGACCUGAGCUGAUUCCAGUGAUACACUGAGUAAAUUCAAGGCAGAAAGCAUUGAGCUUGAAAACAUCGUUGGAGUUUCAGCAGUUUCAAAAAUAGCUUGGCCUCAGCUGUUGCACGUGACCUACAUACUGUACAUGUAUGUCAACUUGAACGUAAGGCCUUACCAAAAAUACCGUAAAAAAAAUAUUCCUUUGAACUAGCCCGUGAUCAGGUUUCCUUGUAGGGUACCCAAGCAGAGUUAGCCGGCCACAGGCGUUUGACGGGGUUAUUCCCGAAACGUUUCGUCUGAAACUGAACUAGGCGCUUUUUAGCAAAAUUUUUUACAAACGCUUCAAUUUAUCGCAGACUUUUUGAACCUGUCAUAACACCCCAACAAACUUUAAGAGACGUAACAAAAAUUUCAUUGUCAAUGUUAAAUACACCAAAAACAAUCGCAGUAGUUUGAAAAACAUUUGCAACCGUGCGGAGGUUUUUACGCCAUUCACGUCCCUCCAGAAAAGUCCGCAGCCUACAAUCCUUCGACGCGGUUUGAAUAAAAUGUGGGCGCCCUUUAUUAAAAUAACAAUAUAAUCAAGAUUUUUAGAUAAUUUAAGGAAUACGAAAUGGGAGGAAAAGUGUCAUUGUUAGUGCAUUGAAUUUCAGGGCAAGUCGUUCCCUGAGAAGAAAAAGUGAAAGCGGGGCG